AUGUCAGAAGAAUACAUAGAGUCCACCCCAGAAAUAGACUCAGCUCAGGAUCCUAUAACUAAAAUACAAAAACCACCACUAGAUUCAAGAAUCGGUAAAGAUUCACCAUUUGUUUUCGGACAAAGAUUUUUAACAAAAGAAGAAGAUGUAUACAAUCAUAACGCAUGGGAUAAUGUUGAAUGGGGAGCAGAACAAAUUGAACAAGCUGAACAACUAAUCAAAAAGCAGUAUGAUAAUCCCGUAAGGGAAUUUGAUAAAAAUUUAUAUAAUUCUAAUCCCGCUAGGUAUUGGGAUAUUUUUUAUAAGAACAAUAAAGAAAAUUUUUUUAAGGAUCGUAAUUGGCUUAAAAUUGAGUUCCCAAGUUUGUAUAAAGUCACAGCUGCUGAAUAUCAAGAACCAACUACCAUACUAGAAAUUGGUUGUGGAGCAGGUAAUACUUUUUUUCCAAUAUUGAAUCAAAAUGAAAAUAAAAACCUCAAGAUAUUUGCUUGUGAUUAUUCUAAAAAUGCUGUGAAUUUAGUACGUGACAAUGAAGUAUUUAAAGAACAACUGGAAAAUGGGGUUGCGUAUAGUUCAGUAUGGGAUUUAGCUAACCCCGAAGGGAAAUUACCAGAUGACUUGAAGCCAAAUUCAUGUGAUAUAAUUAUAAUGAUUUUUGUAUUUUCAGCGUUACAUCCAAAUCAAUGGGGUCAAGCUGUUGGAAAUUUAUCUAAAUGUUUAAAACCAGGUGGAACUAUUUUAUUUCGUGAUUAUGGUCGUUAUGAUCUAGCACAAGUACGAUUCAAAAAGAAUAGAUUAUUAGAUGAUAAUUUUUAUAUAAGAGGUGAUGGAACAAGAGUUUAUUUUUUUACUGAAGAAGAAUUAGAAGAGAUAUUUACUCAACUGGGACCUUUUGAAAAAAUUAAGAUAGCUACUGAUAGAAGAUUACUUGUUAAUAGAAAGAGACAAUUAAAAAUGUACAGGAAUUGGUUACAAGGUGUUUUUAAAGCUAAAGAUGAAGUACGUUAA